AAAUAGUUUGUUUAAUAUCGUGGGACUUGGGAGCAAUGUCGAUUGGCAAUGGUCCUCUGAUCGUAUCGACCUUUGUGCUGUGUUCACUAAUCACUUACUUCUCCUUAUGCUCCAGGAAUUUCUUUUCAUUGCAUCCGAUGUUCAUGAGUUUCGGAUUUCUGUUAUUUAUGUUAAAUGGUAUAAAUGUACUCAGUGAGCGUGCUUUCGGUGUCUUGAAAUCUAGGUCCGAAAAGAUAAAAGCUCACUGGCUACUCGAGUCCCUUUCAGUACUAUUUAUUUUCAUUGGUUUUCUUGGAAUUUAUGCUAACAAAAUAUUAGACGGAAAACCGCAUUUCACCACAUGGCACGGAUUUCUAGGUGCAGUCACAGUAUUUUACUCUGUUUUCCAACUAUUCAUGGGUUUAUUGCUUCACUUUAACUAUAAUCUCUGGAGAAGUUUGUUGGCUUAUAGUAAUGGAAGGUUUUUUCAUGCUGCAUCUGGUGUGGUGUUGUCUUGUCUUUUAUCUCUCACAGUCAUGCUUGGUCUUUGUACAAACUGGUUUAAGUCAUAUGCCGUUUUAUAUUUUAAUUCAUUCAGUCCUUUAGUCUUGUAUUUAUGUAUGAUUAUAGUUACCUUAAGCACUUUCAAAGUUUUUCUGCAGGUUAUCACGAAGUACUGCAAAUGUUUCAAAAUAAAACUAUUUAGUUCACAAAAAGACGCACAAAGAUAAAAUUCAUGUGUUAUUUUACGUGCUCCUGAAUCCUUAUGUUUAUCGCUAUUAGUGCUUGUACUAAUUUCGUUUAUUUGUCUUAUUAAUAAUUUAUAAAGUUCCGUA